GGAGGCUGUACCUCUUUGGAGCUGUCAGACAGGACAGGACAGAGCAGAGACAGAGAGAGGAGAAUACUCGGAUGCUGAGAGGAGCGAGGAGUACUACAUAGAGUACAGUACGUAGCGAGGAGCUCCAGGCUAUCCAGGUCUGUCAAGGUACCAUUCAAUUCACAUGUACCUUGGAUAAACGCAGGUACCUCUGCAAUCAACCGCGCACACGCGACAACCUGUGGUACCUACAUUUGUACCUACUUACAUGUACCUACCUGCAUAAACUCACCUCCUAUCCUACUCUACUUUCUGGUAAGACAGGCUGUCUUCUUGACGAGGGGGAGACAUGUAGACAGUCUGUAGCUAGCUACCUUACCCCUCCAUCCAUUCCCCAACUCGAUACAUUACAUCCCCUCCAUUCCUCCCUCGACCUGCUUCUCCUUUCUCUCUUUCUUCAUUCACCUCCUCCAUCGUCCCAAAGAGCACCCAUCGUGAACUCAACAGCGCAAUUGCCAGCUGAACCCAUCGUGGUUACUAAUCUCUCUACCUCAUUUGAUUACAUGACCAGACUGUCCAUAUCUGGCAUCAUAUUUUGAUACACUUCUGCCCAUUUCUUGUGCCUAUACAAACAACUUGGCCUAGAUUCCUCCACUCCCUCUUCCCAUCAUGGCCAACAAAGCAGCUGCAAAUGAGCCCAUUGAGGUGCUUUUUGCCCUUCAGGACAAAUUCAACUUAACAGACUUUGCGGCUCCUCUAGAAGUUCUUCACACUGCCCUCCAUGACAAGAACGACGAGAGUACAAGAGCCUUUGAGUGCACGGUUGCUGGUGUCGAACCCAAGAUUAUGUCCGAACAAGGGGUUGUCAUUGGGUCCCAGAUCUCCUUCAAGGAAGCCCAUGAGCGCCUCAGCGAUUUCGAUGUCCUAGUGAUAGUAGGAGGCAACUCGGAUGGUGUUUUGAAGGGAAAGACAGAGCCUCUUCCCAUCAUCACAGCUUUUGCCGAACUCCAGAAGAACGACUCAUCCCGCGAGCGUACACUUAUGUCUAUUUGUACCGGAUCACUCUUCUUGGCCGAGCAGGGCAUUCUUUCCGGCUUGUCGGCUACCACUCACCCAGAUUACAUGACAAAGUUUGAGAUCCUUUGCAGCAAUGCUGCCCAGCGCGAUCUUCAGGAACGAACUGAUGUUAUCGAGGAUGCUCGAUACGUUGUCAACAACCUUCGCUUUGACCUCGGGGACGAGGACGAAAACCCUUACAUUCGUCGCAAGUCCGAUGGUAAUGACAGACGCCCUUCUAAUGCUAGGAAGGGAAGCAUCUCUUUCCACAGUUCCAAUGCGCGUCGUGAGUCAAUUGCGCGACGCGCCGCGAUGCGCCUAGGUGGGCUUCGGGUAAUCACGAGUGGGGGAGUAAGUGCUGGCCUAGAUGCAGCUUUGUAUCUGGUCAGCAUUCUCGUAGAUGAUGACACUGCUAAUGAAGUCGCCCGUGUCAUGCAGCAUGAGUGGAUUAAGGGAAUUGUCGUUGACGGCUUGGAUGUUUAAAUAAAUCAAAUGAUAGACGGGAUAGAAGGAUAAAUGGAUACAUGGAUCAAGGAAGUUCCAUAUGUGUAGAAUAGCUCAAAGUCUCAGCUCGUAGUCCUAGUCAAGGCUGAAUGCCUACUAAGGCACAAUGAAAUAAGUGUACCAAUCGA